AUGGUUGUCACCCGCUCCGCGACUAGCAGUCCGGUCAAGAAGUCAGUUGGCAAGGGCAACACCGAUGUGGCCGGCCAGCCAGAAGAAUCAUUGAGACACUUUGUUCUUCCCAACGAUGUAUCAGAACGCGCACGUUUUGUUCUCCUCCGUCAUCCGCGCAACGGCAACGUAGAGAGGUUUCUUUUCUGUCCCAAGAGAGGACUGUUCCAAUUCACCAAAGUCGAUACUCCGCGAUCAGACCCCCGAAGCCUCUUCGUCCAUGCUCCGCCCUCAGCAACCACCUCGAAGGGCGAGGACGAUGUAGUAGAUGAGGACCCCACAGACCCAAGAAGAGAUGGAAGUAUCAGCAAGAGUGCAGAGAUAUUUGUGGCGACCCCUUUCGACUUGGCUUUCCUGUUGAUACCCCUCGUCAUUCCCUCGAAGCCCCCUACUGGUAAGCAUCUUUUUCAGCCAGCGGACGACAUAUUCGAACAGCAUAUCGAAGAUGACAGACACCUACGCUAUAUUCUCGAAAAUGGGCGAGAUCACGUUCAAGAAGCCAUGGCAAGAUUCUGUGACACAAUUGAAGCCGGCGAUGAGCAGAUGUACAGACCUAACGAAGACAAGACACUGGGUAUGGUGAUGGAGAAGGUGAAAAGUGCGAUCGAACACCGCCUCCCUGCUAGUUUGGAGGAGAAAUUUGUUGCCCGAGCUCUCGAGACUCCUGUGCUGAGUGUCAAAAGAGAAAACACGCAGACCUCGACCAAGUCAGAAUCAAUUUCCUUGGACGACACUGAAUCCGUCUCUGACAACCUGGACUCACAGUCGACUACGGCAAGCACUGCUCCUUCCGCUGUGUUUUCUGAAGUAUCUAUGUCUACUUCGAGCAUUACUGAGGUCUCGGCUGCAGUGCCGCAGACUUUGCUUGAUUUGCGCAAGCAACGCGUUGUUCUUGACUUUAUCCUCGCGUCUUACAUUCCUGAAGCUAUUGCUCAUCGACUAAAAGCCAAGUUCGCUUGCAAGGACUCUCCUGUCGAUUUUAAGCCUCUUGAAGAGCACAUGAAAUCGCUAGCUGCUCUACGAGCAGAUGCACUAGCGUCAAGGUCACUGGGUGACUUCAGUCGAAAACGCGGUCUCGAUGACGACGAAGCAGCGGACAUGAGAGCAGAGAAGAAAAGAAAACAGGAUGAAGAGGAAAAGAAGAGAAAGAUGGGCGAGUCAAGGGGAGUUUGGGACUUGAAAAAGGUUAAUGUCACCGGGAUGAAGAAAAUGUCAGACUUUUUCACCAAGAAGCCUGCUGGCAAGGCAAAAGGAUGA